AUGACUCACGCACAAACCCUCGAAAUCAAAGAGCUGCGAGCCUCAAUGGCUCUGACAGUGGCCGAGAUACGCGCCAUGAAGUCUCAAGUGCAUAACGCGACAAGUGCCGCGCCCGAGAUUGAUCGAAUGCUUGAAGAGACCCAGAGAACACCAAUCACGGCGAGAAUCAUGGAGGCUAGGAUUCCCAAGCCCGGGAAGGUGAGAAUCCCAUUCUACGAAGGAACGACCGACCCGAAGGCACACAUCACAGCUUUUCGGAUAGCAAUGGGACGAGUUUUCACAAAGAACGCUGCCAAUCUGACCGAGCAGGAGGUAGAUGCCGGAUAUUGCCUACUCUUCGUAGAACAUCUCAAGGGAGCCGCGCUUCAUUGGUUUUCGAGACAGGAGCGCAAUUCAAUCGGCAGUUUCCAGCAGCUCUCCGCUUUGUUCCUUAAGCAGUAUUCGAUGUUCAUGGAUAGAGGAACUUCCGAUGCCGACCUAUGGACGCUAUCCCAAGGACCGAACGAACCGCUUUGGAACUAUAUGGCAAGGUUCAAGGCGGUCGUAUCCAAAGUAGAAGGAAUAAGCGACAAGGCUGCACUCGAGGCUCUGAAGCGGUCCUUGUGGUACAAAUCUGAAUUCCGAUGGGAAAUGGCCCUCAACACGCCACAAACGAUUCAAGAUGCCCUGCAUCGGUCAUCAGACUUCGUCGUAAACGAGGAGGAGAUGAAAAAUCUGGACGAGCAGUACAAAGCGACCAAAGCAGCGAUCCAGAGCUCAAUCUUGACGCGCCCUUCGAAAAAAGGUAACCCAUCCAACAACGCGACAACAGAGAGCUCGGACGAACCAAGAAGCGGAGGUACCCACAACUACCAAGUAGGCGCCGGACGCGGAAGAGGAGAGCCGCGCAGCAACCCUUGGGUAAGAAGACCCACUAACUAUGACGAAAAGGCAUUCUGCGAAUAUCACCAAACCUACGGACACUCGACGGCGCAAUGCCGAACUCUAGGAGCCAAACUCGCAGCUAACAUGGCAGCGGGAGAGAUCUAG